ACUAGGAGCAGCUCAGUGCAGCGGGGACAGGGCGAAGCGGUCUGCGCCCACGGAGCGCACGUCUCUGUUCGCAACGCAGCGCUACCCUUGCCCCCCUCGGCUGCCCACUCCAGACGUCCAACGGCUCAGCGCGCGCACGAUGCCCUCGGCCACCAGCCACAGCGGAAGCGGCAGCAAAUCGUCGGGACCGCCGCCGCCGUCCGGUUCCUCCGGGAGUGAGGCGGCGGCCGGGGCAGCUGCGCCGGCUUCUCAGCAUCCGGCAACCGGCACCGGCGCGGUCCAGACCGAGGCCAUGAAGCAGAUUCUCGGCGUGAUCGACAAGAAACUUCGGAACCUUGAGAAGAAAAAGGGUAAACUUGAUGAUUACCAGGAACGAAUGAAUAAAGGGGAAAGGCUCAAUCAAGACCAGCUGGAUGCCGUAUCUAAGUACCAGGAAGUCACAAAUAAUUUGGAGUUUGCAAAGGAAUUACAGAGAAGUUUCAUGGCAUUAAGUCAGGAUAUUCAGAAAACAAUAAAGAAGACAGCACGUCGGGAGCAGCUUAUGAGAGAAGAAGCAGAACAGAAGCGCUUAAAAACUGUACUUGAGUUACAGUAUGUAUUGGAUAAGCUGGGAGAUGAUGAUGUGAGAACGGAUCUGAAGCAGGGGCUGAGUGGAGUGCCAAUAUUGUCUGAAGAGGAGUUGUCAUUGUUGGAUGAAUUCUACAAGCUAGUAGAUCCCGAGCGGGACAUGAGUUUAAGGUUAAAUGAGCAGUAUGAACAUGCCUCCAUUCACUUGUGGGAUUUGCUGGAAGGGAAAGAAAAGCCUGUAUGUGGAACAACCUAUAAAGCUCUAAAGGAAAUUGUCGAGCGUGUUUUUCAGUCAAACUACUUUGACAGCACUCAUAAUCAUCAAAAUGGAUUGUGUGAGGAGGAAGAGGCAGCUUCAGCACCUAUAGUGGAAGACCAGGUAGCUGAAGCUGAACCUGAACCAACGGAAGAAUACACAGAGCAAAGUGAGGUUGAGUCAACAGAGUAUGUCAAUAGGCAGUUCAUGGCGGAAACACAGUUCAGCAGUGGUGAGAAGGAGCAAGUGGAUGAGUGGGCAGUUGAAACAGUUGAGGUGGUAAACUCACUCCAGCAGCAACCUCAGGCUGCAUCUCCUUCAGUACCAGAGCCCCACUCUCUGACUCCAGUGGCUCAGUCAGAUCCACUUGUGAGAAGACAGCGAGUACAAGAUCUUAUGGCACAAAUGCAAGGGCCCUAUAAUUUCAUACAGGAUUCAAUGUUGGAUUUUGAAAAUCAGACGCUUGAUCCUGCCAUUGUAUCAGCACAACCUAUGAACCCUACCCAAAACAUGGAUAUGCCUCAGCUGGUUUGCCCUCAGGUUCAUUCUGAAUCUAGACUUGCCCAAUCUAAUCAAGUUCCUGUACAACCAGAAGCCACACAGGUUCCUUUGGUCUCAUCCACAAGCGAGGGGUACACUGCGUCUCAGCCCCUGUACCAGCCGUCUCAUGCUGCAGAGCAGCGGCCACAAAAGGAGCCCAUUGAUCAGAUUCAGGCAACAAUAUCUUUAAAUACAGAGCAGACUACAGCAUCAUCAUCCCUUCCUGCUGCUUCUCAGCCUCAAGUGUUCCAGGCUGGGGCAAGUAAACCUUUGCAUAGCAGUGGAAUCAAUGUAAAUGCAGCUCCAUUCCAAUCCAUGCAAACGGUGUUUAAUAUGAAUGCCCCAGUUCCUCCUGUUAAUGAACCAGAAACUUUAAAACAACAGAGUCAGUACCAGGCCAGUUAUAACCAGAGCUUUUCCAGUCAGCCUCACCAAGUGGAACAAACAGAGCUUCAACAAGACCAGCUGCAAACUGUGGUUGGCACUUACCAUGGAUCCCAGGACCAGCCUCAUCAAGUGCCUGGUAACCACCAGCAGCCCCCCCAGCAGAGCACCGGCUUUCCACGUAGCAGUCAGCCUUAUUACAACAGUCGCGGUGUAUCUCGAGGAGGGUCUCGUGGUGCCAGAGGUUUGAUGAAUGGAUACAGGGGCCCUGCCAAUGGAUUUAGAGGAGGAUAUGAUGGUUACCGCUCUUCAUUCUCCAACACUCCAAACAGUGGCUAUACACAGUCUCAGUUCAAUGCUCCCCGGGACUACUCUGGCUACCAGCGGGAUGGAUAUCAGCAGAAUUUCAAGCGAGGCUCUGGGCAGAGUGGACCACGGGGAGCCCCACGAGGUCGUGGAGGGCCCCCAAGACCCAACAGAGGGAUGCCGCAAAUGAACACUCAGCAAGUGAAUUAAUGUGAUACACAGGAUUAUGUUUAAUCGCCAAAAACACACUGGCCAGUGUACCAUAAUAUGUUACCAGAAGAGUUAUUAUCUAUUUGUUCUCCCUUUCAGGAAACUUAUUGUAAAGGGACUGUUUUCAUCCCAUAAAGACAGGACUGCAAUUGUCAGCUUCAUAUUACCUGGAAAUGGAAGGAACUAUUCUUACUCUGCAUGUUCUGUCCUAAGCGUCAUCUUGAGCCUUGCACACGAAACUCAGAUUCCUCACCCUUGCUUAGGAGUAAAACAUUAUAUACUUAUGGGGUGAUAAUAUCUCCAUAGUUAGUUGAAGUGGCUUGGAAAAAAAUGCAAGAUUGACUUUUGACAUUGGAUAAAAUUUACAAUCAGCCCUAGAAUUAUUCAAUGGUAAUUGACAAAGUUUAAAGCAUUUUCCUUGAAAGGAAGAUGGAAGGAGUGGAGUGUGGUUUAGCAAAACAACUGCAUUUCACAGCUUUUCCCAUUAAAUUGGAGCACGGACAGAUUAGAAGCAUACCAAAUUAUGCAUGGGUUCUAAUCACACAAGUGAGGCUGGCUUACACCAGCCCUGACAUAGCACUCACUAGUCUUCUGGCCAAACGACUGUGAUUGAAAACACAUGUAAACUGCUCUUUACUAGUGGAUACUGUGUAAGACAAAGCCCAGAUGCAAAUCAGGCUUUGACUGACUCUUCUGGAAGAUAUGCAUCAAAUAUGGGGUAUAAUCUGGAUGGGCUGCCUCUGUGCUCAAUGUGAAUUAUUUAGAUAUCUUUUGAACACUUUAACAGUUUCUCUGAAACAAUGACUUACAUGAGGAUUGGUCCUCACAAUAAUGUGCAUUGUCAUCACUAACCCUGGAUCUUGCUGUAUUGUUACUCAAAUUGGUAAUAGGUACUGAUGAAGAUCGCUAAUGGAUGGAUAAUCAUAACACUUUUGGCCACAUGGUUUUCUGCUGCUACCACCCUUUUGAAAAGCACCAGUAUGUGUUUAAGAUUCAUUUCCCUAUUUUAGGGAAAUGACAGACAGUAGUUUCAGUUCUGAUGGUAUAAGCAAAACAAAUAAAACAUGUUUCUAAAAGUUGUAUCUUGAAACACUGGUGUUCAACAGCUAGCAGCUAAAGUGAUUCACACCAUGCAUUGUUAGUGUCACAGACUUUGUGGUUAUGUCUAAUAGCUGUUUCUGAAGUAUUUUCGUUUAUCUUUUGUCUAAUUUAACCCUAAGUGAAUUCUCUCCUUUUUCUUGAGGACACACUUAUGCUCAAAGUGUUGACUCUGCCGUAGGUGCAUAAAGAGAGUGUACCGUUUGACAGAGAUGCAAAGUUCAGCAGUGACCUAACCAGAUGUCCUGUGCUGGGAUCUGUGCUAGCAGUUUGAGCACGAGCUGUGUGCCUGUGAACUGAAUGCCACUUGUCCCACUCCAUCUACGCCUUGCAGAAUCAGUUCCACUUGUUAAAGGCAAAGGCUACUUACCACCUUAAUGCUAUUUUCUGUAAAGAAAUUAAAUUUUACUUUUAGCCUUUUGCAAACUUUUUUUUUCCAAGCCGGUAAUCAGCCACUCAAAACAACUAUUCUCAGAUAUUCAUCAUUAGACAACUGGAGUUUUUUGCUGGUUUUGUAGCCUACUAAAACUGCUUAGGCUGUUGAACAUUCCACAUUCAAAGUUUUGUAGGGUGGUGGAUAAUGGGGAAACUUCAAUGUUUAUUUUAAAAUAAAUAAAAUAAGUUCUUGACUUUUCUCAUGUGUGGUUAUGGUACAUCAUAUUGGAAGGGUUAUCUGUUUAUUUUUGCCAAGAACAUUUUGUGAGCACCUACACUUGUGUGCUUUAAAUGACAACUGCCUGGGAUGUACCACAACCAUAUGUUAGUUGCAUUUUAUUGGGAUGGACACAGCGUUUGUGGUUUAUUGGGUAAUCCCUAGAUGGUGUGUUAUGUGUAGAAUAUAAUUUUAUGAUAUUAAGAAAGCAAAAUUGAGGAAAAUAAGUUUAGUGUUGAAUUUGAGUUCUGAAAUGAAUGAGGAGAAUGUCUUACUAUUGCAGGCUUCUACCCAAAGUGUAGGGCAAAUUGUGUUUGUACUUUUAACCUUUUAAUUUUUUAAGUUGCUUAUUCAUUUCACGAGCAACAUAUAAUUAGGUAUUACUCUACCAUUGCAGUUCUAGCACAUAGAACUUUUUAAUGUCUCAAUUCAGACUAUUUUAAAAGGAAUCUCACUGGACAAAGAACUACUAAAGUGGUUUGGUUAAGAUCUGAGUCUUUGUUACUCAGUAUCUUGUAUAAUAUGCAAAUGCUUGUCUAGGUGCAGAAGACCUUUUGUUUGGUCAAGUGUCUUUUACCAGAGUACAGGGAGCUUAUGGCCCUACAUGUCUCUUAAUAUACAUGCACAAUUAACAGUAGGUAUAGAUACCACAUGUAUGAUGAAAUGCUCCCCUUCCCCCCUAAAGGUAGCAUGCCAUUGAUUACUUUUUGCUUAGGGCCAUUUUAUUAAACCAGGGCCUUAAUCCUAAAAAGAGAUGAAUUUUUUCCCAUCCGUUCUCUUUCUUUUGAUCAUUGUAUCUUGAUAUUAAAAACUUGACCUUCGAAUGAUUGUAAUAAAUUAGUCUCUAUUUGUGUGUGUAUAUAUAUAUACACGCACAUACAUAUGCAUUUAUAUAAUGCUAUUGUAUAGAAACUUUAAGGAGACAUGAAAAUGUAUGCUUAUUCUCAGGUUCAUUCACUAAGGUGCUUGGCAAACAACCAGUUUUUAAGUGCAGAAUAUAGUUGAACAGCUUCAUAUAUAGGCCAGGUGAUUUGUUAAAUUUUCAGUGGUACAUGUACUUCAGGGAAAUGGGGUAAGUGUAGCUUAGGCUGAUCAUACUGUUCAUUUCAACCUUGAGCUCUGAAGCUGUAUCCCAUUUGAGGUAUUUAGUACUCUUAGUUUUAUUUAGUAUAAGUUAACAGGAAAAGUAAAUUAAGCUUUUUGCCUUUACUAUUUUGAAUUUAUAAAUAUUCUGGAAAAACUUAGAAACUGCUGUAAAUUUCCUUAGAUUAAAUUAUAUGAAACAUGAUUGCUUAUAGUCCUUGAGCAAAGCCUGUGAGUUGCAUACACCCUAAGGAAAACUUCCUUAAGUGCUCCUUGAGAGAGAUUCUGGGUGUGGUCUUUUUAAGGAAAAAGCUAGACUACUGUAUGUUCCCAGUCUUGGUACUGGAAGCGCACUGUACAUUAUUACUUUGUUGUGAAGCUCAACCAGUUUCCUGCGUAGCCUUGCCCCUCACUGUUGGGAUUGAAAGUAGCAGCAUCUCUGAUGUACUAUACCAGUGAGGUUCUGGUAUAUCUACUUGUCAGUAUUAAUUUCCUUAAGUACUAUAUUUCUUUAGGGAAACAACCUGAAAUUUAUUAGUACAUUUGGGUUUCUCUUGCCAGGCAUUAUGUUGCCAGUGUUAACUCUUCAGUGGUGACAAAAUUACCCAAGACACUAGUGGCCCAGAUGUAUGUAGUAAGUGGUAUGAUUCAACAAUGCAGUUAAUGAUAAAUACAUGAUGUAGUUAGUAUGAUCAGGAAAGACAACAUUGAAAGAUAAUUCAGCUAACAUAAGGGUGAGGAAUGGCAAACUGGAUUAAGAGUCAGAGGCAUAUGUUCCAGGGACUGAUGUUUGGUGCUUUAGCAAGAUCUGGCUGGAGAAACUGGAAAAGGCAGUUUUCCAUGUUUAGUUUUUGUAUCAACAUUUGGAAGCUAUUGAAGGCUUUAAAAUGGUGUAUGUAUUGUUCGGGGGUGUUGGGAUAGUGGGCCAUCCAAUAAAAUUACCAUUGAAAAGACCUUCA